AGUGGUGGUAGUACGACACGACACUUGACAAACAAGAUCUUCUACCAUAACAUAACAAUUUGCAUCUGUUCACUCUCUUGGUUUGUGUUUUGAUUUCACAGUCGCAAUCUUAAUGGAGCUGACUUUACCUCAAACUCAAUUGCACCCAAAAUAUCUUCCAUUUCCGUCUCUGAAAUCAUCUAGGGUUUCUGUUUUUCAUACAAUUACACCCGUCCCAACAUCCCCACUUUUUCAAGCUUCAAUCUUUUCACUCAAUCCCCGAAAUCCCAGAAACAUCUCCACCGCUGCUUUGGUGGAUGGCAACGGCAACAGCACUUCUUCAACUUUCCCAAUUGACUCAGGUGCUAGAAUUGGAGAGAUGAAAAGGGUCACCAAGGAAACUAAUGUAUCAGUCAAAAUUAACUUGGAUGGAACUGGGGUUGCUGAUAACAGUUCUGGAAUUCCCUUUCUUGAUCAUAUGCUUGAUCAACUUGCUUCACAUGGACUGUUCGAUGUACAUGUAAAGGCUACAGGUGACACACAUAUCGAUGACCAUCACACAAAUGAAGAUGUCGCUCUUGCUAUUGGAACGGCUUUGCUGCAGGCUCUUGGUGAUAGGAAGGGUAUUAACCGGUUUGGUAACUUCUCUGCUCCGCUUGAUGAAGCAUUAGUUCACGUUUCUCUGGAUUUGUCCGGCCGACCGCAUCUUGGUUAUGAUUUAAACAUACCUACUCAGAGGGUCGGGAAGUAUGACACUCAGUUGGUGGAGCAUUUUUUCCAAUCAUUGGUGAACACGUCUGGCAUGACUCUUCACAUUCGACAGUUUUCUGGAACAAAUUCCCAUCAUAUUAUUGAGGCAACCUUCAAAGCAUUUGCUAGGGCUCUUCGGCAAGCGACGGAGUAUGAUACACGCCGCCGUGGAACAAUACCAAGUUCAAAAGGGGUUCUGUCGCGUAGUUAAUAUCUUCAGCUGCUAUCCAUAAUUGGAUCGAGGCGUCGAGCUAUAACUUAUGUAAGCGGAUCUCAGCAGUUCAUCAAGCAUAUGCAUCAAAAUGGUCCUUAGAUGGCCGUGGCUCAUAAAUGCCAGUCUUGUGGGUCAGCAUUUGUGACAAAUUCCUAGUCUCUGUAAACGACAUUGUUGUAAUCAUAUUUAUUCUACAAGUUACUUUUCUUGUUAGCUUUCUUUGUAUAUAAGGAUUUGGACCACAUGAGAAUCAGUUUGACAUUUCAAUAAGAAUAUUUUGAACUUGAUUAGGAAGAUUGAUGUUAAUUUUAAAACUCAGGAGCUUGCUAGCCCAUACAUGCUGCUCUUGUCCCUGCA